GUAUAUUCUCGUGAUUUUCAUAAAGAAAAACAAAAAUUAUAAAUUAUAGAAUAAACAUUUUAUUUAUCUCAUUUUUUAUAUUCGUUUCAUCGAAUUUUCAAGAAGAAAAAUUGUCUCCUGUUUCUUAUAAAUUUAUAAUUUUCUAAAAUGGCAGAAGAUGAGAAGGAAAAGGAAAUGGUGAAAAUAGCGGAGGAAAGUUCCCUGUGUGGAGAUGCUGAAAGAUCUGACAAAGAAACCAUGGAACCACGUUUUGAAUGUCCAAUUUGCAUAAGUUGGCUCAAGGAUCCUGUUCUUACUUCCUGCGGUCAUAGAUUUUGCUCCGAUUGCAUCAACACAUGGCUCAAAAAACGAGGUUCGAGUUGUCCAGUCGAUAGUAAACCUUUAAAUCCAGAAGUCGAUUUAUUUAAGGAUCUUUUUACAAAAAGAGAAAUUGCUCAACAGAGAACGCACUGUCUUUAUCGGGAAUAUGGUUGUCAAAUUGAAAUUUCACCGAUUGAUUUGGAAAAUCAUUUAAAUGAAUGUUCAUAUAAAAAACAUGCCAUUGAAUCGCAGCAAAAUUGUCCAUUCAAGGACAUUGGAUGUAGGGAAAUAUUUAAAUCCACCGAUACAUUGAAACAUCAUUUAGAAGAUGGAAUGAACUCCCACAUGACGAUGAUUGCCAAUUCUUUGUCUCAUUUGACACUGAAAUCGAACAUUGACGCAAAAGCUGCCGAAGCAAAAUCAUGGGAUCCUCCAUCAAAAGAAGAAAUUCAAGCUCAAAGUGAAUCUCAACCUUUAAUACAUGAACUCUGCGAGAAAGUAGUGAUGUUGGAGCAAAAAAAUCGUGAAUUAACAUUUGCCCUGGAAAAUUCACAAUCAUCAAUAAUUGAGCGCACAUGCAAUGGCUCAUACAUAUGGAAAUUGGAAUCAUUUAAUCAAAAAUUAAAUAAUAUGGCGUCAAAUCGUAUGAAUAUGUUUUUUAGUCCAUCAUUUUAUACAAGUCCAAUGGGCUAUAAAGUUUGUGCUCGCAUUAAUGUUUCGCACAAUAAUUCCGAUUUUCUUUCACUUGUAUUACAUCUUGUUAAAUCGGAAAAUGACGAUACACUCGAUUGGCCAUUUGAGGGUUGGAUUUCAUUUUUACUAAUCAAUCCUGAUGAUACGAGGAAAAAUAUUUUAGAAACAGCAAGAACACAAUCAAAUCUUGAGGCAUUCAAAAAACCCGUUUACAAUAUUAAUCGACGUAGUUAUGGCUUCACGGAAUUUAUUCUCAUCAAAUAUUUAGAGACAUUUGUUAAAAAUGACACACUAAUUAUAAGAAUUGAUGUGAAAACAUUGACUCGAUUGGAGAAGGAAAUUAGCGGCGAUUCAAUGAUUAGUGAAGAGACAUUGCAAAUUCAUACCGAAGUUUAAUUUUUUUUUUUGUGAAUUUUUUUUGUGAAAUUAUUAUUUUUUAAUUGUAAAUAUUCUCAGGGAAUUAAUUUUUUCUGUCAUUCCCUUUUUUUUACGUCUUGAGAUUAUUUUCUUCGAGAGAUUAAAUAAAAUUGUAAUUUUAAUUGAUUCUAAAUUUCUAGUUGUUUAAAAAAAAUUGUUCAACGAAAUUACAUAAUUUUUUUUUGUGGCUAAAAAUCACUGAAAAUUUUCUUUUUCCACUU